AUGGCGUUACAUGUCAACAAUAGAGAUGCUUAUUAUCAGAGUGCCGAUUAUUACAGAAAUUCGCAGCCUUUGAACUAUGGGGAUAGCAGUCAUUAUUUUGCCCGGUUACCAGGUAAGAAAAGGGUCUCAUUCAUUGCUGUCAGGGACCGUGACACUGCGAAUUGAUGGAUGCAUAUUUGCAGCCUCAGUUACAGUGUAACAACCAGUGCAAUUUGCUGAUUGAAGGGGGUUUAUCCAACCUGCAUCUUGGUAUUAUAGGUUGUAGUAGGCUAUACAGAUAUAAAACAUAUUUAGUUGAGGUUGAGCCUACUCAUUGAUUUGAAGAGAUUCGACCAACAACAGUCAUGUUGAAAUUAGAUCUGAAAUCAGAGGUAUAAUAGGUUUCUGAUCAAUUCAACCUAAAAGAUAUGUGAACCAAAGUUAGUUGAUUUGUUAGUAAUAUCCACAGCACCCUCUGUGCUUCUUUCAGGGAAGGUGUGAUGCGGUGGACAGGUGUUUCAUGUAACAUCAACUCAAGUGAUAAUGGUCAGAUCAGUGGGUGUAGAAUUACAUGAUGGUCUGCUUGUUUAGAGGGAUGACUAUGGUCUUUUUUGACAGUCUCUGUUCCCAACUCUUGAAAUGGAUUUCUGUCUACUCUUGUAAUGGCACAAGCUCCCUGACACAACAUGCUGGGGGGGGGGGGGGGGUGAUGGAAGCGUGGAGUGAUGGAAGUGGGGAGAACAGGCCCUGGCUCAGGUGGCUGAGGUCCUUGAUGAUCUUCUUGGCCGUCCUGGAGGGCAGGCAGUGUGCACCCAAUGGUGCGUUCGGCUGAGCGUACCACCCUCUGUAGUGCCUUGUGGUCAGUGGCGGUGGAGUUGCCGUACCAGGCUGUGAUGCAGCACGACAGUAUGCUCUCGAUGAUGCUCCUUUAGAACACUGUGUAGGCCCUCGGGGACAGGCCAAAUUUCUUCAGCCUCCUGGUGCCUUCUUCACCACAGUGUCUGUGUGGUUUGACCAUUUCAGCUCCUCUGAGAUGUGUAUGCCGAGAAACUUGACGCGGUUGCCUGCGUCCGUUGAUGAGGAUGGGUGCAUGCCCAGCCUGGUUCCUCCUGAAGUCCACAAUCAGCUCCUCAGUUUUGCUGACAUUGAGGGAGAGGUUGUUUACCUGGUACCACACCGUCAGAGUGCCUACCUCCUCUCUGUAGGCCGUCUCAUCGUUGUUGGUAAUCAGGCCUACUACUGUCGUGUCGUCUGCGAACUUGAUGAUGGAGUUGAUGGUGAUAAUAAUUAUGAUGAAUAACAGCUUGGGUCUGGACUUGAGUUUACCUUGUUAUCCAGCAAUGUUGUCUUAAGUUGUUAAACCUGUUAUAGAUGGCAUACUCUCUCUGUUGUAAUCAGAUAAAAUGGCAAUGUCCACUGAAAUAGGUUGAGAGAUCUAUACAUGCUUAAUAAGCAACCUCAUUGUGUGCUUUACCCUGACUUCCUGUAGCUUUAUUGGUAAAAAUAUAUAUAUUGAUAGAUUGAUAAUUUAGUGUUUUCUAUUGAUAGCCUCCAAGCUGCUCCCCCCCACUAAUCUUAGCCUGUAUCCAGGGUCCCCAAUUACAUUCAGCCCAUAUGCCUCUCUAUUUAUGUGUGGGAAUACUUGGGAACAGAUUUCCUAAAUUGAAAUCACUUUGAGCUCAUUUCCUGGUGAUUUUACAAUAUUUUAUGUCUGAGAACAAGUAUAUACAAUAUAUAUAUAUUUUCUCAGAAAACUUGGGGGGCCAAAUAAAAUAAAUUUGGCCCGCGGGCCGCCUAUUGGGGAACCAUGCGUAUAGUCUAAUUAUCAACCAUCCCUCUCUUGAUCUGGCAAUAAUGAGUCCUUUCAGAUGGCUAGCUGUCAAUAGCCUAACUGCUAUGUUGCCAUUUCUAACUAGGCUAACUAAUGGGUACAUAUUUAAGCCUCAAUUAAUCUGUUUUAUCUGCAUGACUGAGUGUCUCUAUGUUGUGUCCCUGCAAGACAUUGAACAUUGCAGAAUAAGAGGACUGUAAUUCUCAUAUUAAAAUAUGAAGUCUUUAUGAGUUCCCUUCAAGCUUUCUCCAUUCAAAGACUAGUCAUGCACAUUCCAGUGCAUGAGGCAUACACUCUUCCCUCCAUAAUUGAUGUGGCAGAGGAACAUAGUGUAAAAUACAUGAAAUAACUAUAAGUAUGUGAAGGGCUAUUCAACUUUUGAAGGUUCUUUGUUAUUUUUUUCUUCUGCACACAUACCAAAUGCCAAAUGAUAGAAUUAGAACCCUCCACUUUAAGACCCUAGAAUACCUUUCCUUAAGCUACUUUUCUCUAACUCAGAGACCCAAGGCCAUCCCUCUUGAUACAUGGCCAAUGACUACUCAUUAAUUUUCCAAGGACUUGCAUUUUACGUGAAAUCCCAGUGUUAAGCCUCAGGAGGAGUGUUAUGUACCCAAGAUGAGAAAAGAGGACUUCGACUCUGACCUUGGGCUAUGACAAUGUAGGUUCCUGGGACUAUUUUGGGGAUUAGGCUAUAUUCUCCAAUGAACAUGUGACUCAGGUUUGUCUCCUCAUUACUCUGCAAGAGGAAAUAAAGCAGUUAUACAGUAUCCUGUGCUUCAAGGCUAAGCAGAUUAGCGUUUGUUUUUCUACUUUAUUGCAAGACCCAGAAAAAAUAUUUAGAAAGUAAGCAAUUUCCUUGAAUUAUUUUAUUCACACUCAUUUUGGAGCAUUUUCAGUUGUUUAGGCUACAUUAUGACAUUUAUCAGAAUAACAUUGAUGCACACGUUGUGGGCCUAGAAUUGCCGGAGCAUCCUUUAGUUUGUUGUUAUCAGAAAGUUCCAUUUCAAGCAUGCCAUUCACUUGGGGUCACUGCAUGGCUGCUGGAAUCCAAAACAUCCCACACUCUUAUUUUAGGUCUGUGAAUCAUUGUUGUUGGGUCUCCAAUCUGAGUUGAUACAGUGGAAACAUCAGACAGGAUCGCAGCUGCUGACCCAACCCCCACUUCAACCCUUAUAUGCAGAAAAAAUGUGGCCACACAUGAGUGCCUGAAAUGUACCCAGUCAAGUAGGCAAUGGUCUGUUUGAAUCAGCGGCAGAUCAAGAAAUGCUUGAGGAACUUAUUGUCGCAAGGAGCUGAGCUGUGAAACCCACUAUUGUUUUAUUUGUUAGUGUCUGUUUCCCCAGGGAGAAAUGAACACAGUUGAUGACUAUAGUUCUUGCUUCCUCCUAAUGUUAUAUAACCGUUACAUGCCUAUCCAUGUAUUUAAAGUAUAUGAUUCAUUCUAAUGCUUUGCAAUCAUUGCAUUUGCCCUCAGGACCAGAGUCUAUGCUGAAGCCUUCACUGAGCCUAUUUGGCCAGCAACAGCCACUGUUCCAGCCAAUGCCUCCUACACAUACCCUUGGACCCCCUCCACAGACCCUUGGACCCCCUCCACAGACCCUUGGACCCCCUCCACAGACCCUUGGACCCCCUCCACAGACCCUUGGACCCCCUCCACAGACCCUUGGACCCCCUCCACAGACCCUCGGACCCCCUCCACAGACCCUCGGACCCCCUCCACCAGUGGUAGUGACCCCGGACCCCCUCCGUUUACCCCUCUCCAGUCCUCUGUCUGCCAAACUUCCCACUCACCUCCAGCUGGUGCAGGGGCCCCCCUGCCCUGUCCCACCUCUCACUGCCCAGUCGACCCUCAGCAGCAGGCCCCAGGAGGAAGAUGCUCAGAUUGGGGGCACAGACCAGGACGCUACCUUGGAGGAGCUGUGUAAGCCUCUGUACUGCAAACUGUGCAACGUCACCCUCAACUCUGCUCAGCAGGCACAGGCACACUACCAGGUGAGCUGGUUUACUGUACAUGUAGCUUGUAGCCUAAUCUCAUCCACCAGCAGGCUCUCUCUGUCUAUAUGUGGUAGCAAUUGAGCCUGGGGACAAGCUUACUUGUAGGCCUACCCCAACACAUAUGUUAUGAUGGCAGCAAAUGCUUCUCAUCAUGCAUCAACUACAUUGUGUCAAACAUGAAAUGUCAAUGUUUGUUUAUUUGGCAUAUCAGCCAUCACUGGUAUCCCCUCAUGAAUGUAAGUGGAAAAUGUAAUCCCUAACAGUUGCGUACACUGAUGAUGGUGAUGAUGCUCAUUAUUCGCAAUAUGACACUAUGGCGAUGACAGUGCAAUGAGUGGACUGAAUUGAAUCAUGCGUCUCUUAUCCAGGGAAAAAACCACAGUAAGAAGCUGAGAAAUUUCUAUGCAGGCAGCCAGCAGCCGCCUGCCAUCAGGAUUCCGGAAGUAAUAGAGCCUGUUUCCCAGCAACCCCUCACAACUCCACCAACUGACAGUGCAACUCCCAAACAGGUAAAGCUUGGCGUUGGCACACAAUGAAUGUGUUAUUGUUCAGGAAACUAUAAUACUGUAUGAACAAGUCCAAGUUCUUUGAAUUUUCAGCACAUUCACUGUUUGGAUCUCUGUUGUUGAUCUGGAGAACUGCAAUCAAAUAGAAUCGGCUCAUAAGAAACAACAUGAUGGUUUGUAGAAAACUGUCAGCACUGUAUGUUUUAACUCUUUUGAUAUGUAGCUUUGAACUGGCAGGAGUAUCAUUUAGGCUGGUGAAAAAAUAACCCUUUUUAAAAACUCACUCUUUAUUUUUUGUUCAGCCGGUGUCAUUCAUGGGUGCCAGCAGGGUGAUCUUAGCCACGGAGAACGACUACUGCAAGCUGUGUGACGCCUCGUUCAGCUCCCCUGCCGUGGCUCAGGCGCACUACCAGGGCAAGAACCAUGCCAAGAGACUGCGGCUGGCUGAGGCCCAGCAGAGCAGCAGCAUCCUGUGAGUCUGUGGUGUCACUACUGCCUCCCCACCCAACACCAGGAAGACAAACAACAGAUGCAACACGCACAUGGCUAAUAAAACCAUAUUCAAACAUAGAAAUCCUGCCCAUUCAGCCAUUGGCCUGUUUUAUGAAAUUUAAACCAGAUAUGUUUCAAUGCUUCCGUUUAAAGAGAAAAUGACAUGUGAUAGAUGCAUUCCAUUAUUUUGUCCAUCAAAGUAACUAUUAUUGUUAGGUUGGCUGUUUGAUUGUUAGAUUAAAAACUGAAUAUGGGAGACUUCGCUCUCAGUAACGUGAUCCAUCAUUUUUCAGAGAGUCGACUGAGUGUGUCCAGAGGCGUCCGAGGAAAGAGGGGAGCGAGUACAGGUUGAUCAAGAACCGUAGGACCCCACAGGUGCCUCUUGCCAUGCCAGGUACAGUACACUGAACCAAAGACAUACUGGUAAUAAAGUAUGACCAAACAGCAAAUAACUUUACAGGGGAAAACGUGUUGUAAUUCCACAAUUUUUUUGUAAAGAUCAGAUGUAAGUAAAGUAAGUAAGCCUUGGACAAGUAAGACUUGACCGAGCCAGAACGGCCCAUAAAGAUCAGAUGAUUCAGGGAUAUUCCUAUUCUUGAGAAUGUAUACUGUACUGUAUGUUUGAGAGCAGAGGUGGUUGGCCAUUUCCUUUUUAUUGAUACCAAUGAAGCCUUUGACAGGUAGUGAAUGAGACCAGACAGCCAGCAGGUGGAGGCUAUUGUUUUCUGCUCCAUGUUCAUAGCAGCAGUGAACAGCCGUCUCUCAUCACCACCUUUGCAGGGGAAAUGCUGUGUAAGAAAGUUAAGGGGGUGGCCGAGGCUGAGGCUGGUCAGUCAGUGUGAACUCACUAAGCACAGGCCCGGCGCCAGGGCUUUGGAUAUGUAAACUGAUACAGCAACCCACGUCAGCUCUGCUGCCCCACAGACGUCACACAGCCUGCUCAGGUGGCGGGAGUCCAUUAGACAGACCCUUCACUGUCUAUUGUCCAGCCCAGUAUCCACUUCCAAUCCCCCACUCCACAUAUCUUCCACUGUGGCCUGCUCCCUCUGGAUGAAUCAUAGGACACAACUGCACCCCUUCCCCUCCCUUCCCUUGCCUCUCCUCAGGGCUCAGAGACUUUGCUGAUUUAAUCAUGUCCUUUAUGGACAAUUCCAGAAAUAGAGCUGUGUAAAACUCUCUCAGAGAGAAAAUGUGGUUUGUCUGUCGGAGUUACUCUGCAAAGGCCCGUGAUGGUUGCCUCCAGACAUACACGUAGAUACAGCAAAGCAUUUAUUCUCUAUCCAACAUACAUCUCCCUUCUCCUAAUAGAGCACCACAGUGGAUGUGUCAUAAUACCCCAAAAACCUAGUUGUCAAACAGGGAAAUGGUUCCAAUCGUUUUUCCACCAUUCAUUUUUCCCAUAGGGGUUUUUAGAAACACUUAAAAUAAGGGCUGUGUUUUGUGUAGGUUUACCCUGGCGUGACGUUUUGAUAACCAUGUAAAUCUCUCUCGGACAAGGUGACAUUUAUGAAUAUAUUCGGCUCUAUUUACUCUCAGAUUCGAAGUGGCUAAUUAGCAUCAAAGUAGACAUCAUGUAAAACUACAAAUCCCUGCAAGCUCCUGCACGUCAUCUCUAGCUGAUACCUUUGCUAACAGGUAUUGUGUCAAUUUAAAACUUGCACAAGACAGUUCACAGAAUUGUCCAUUUAAAGAAAUGCAGCCUAUUUAUUAAUUAAUACAUUUAACUAACAUUAGAUAGUUCAUCCAGAGAUUCUUACCUUUGCCUCAAUUUGGCAUUCUCGUCCAGGUCAUCAUGACAUUUGUAGUUCUUUAUGAUAGCCAUCUUAGCAGCUAAUUAUCAUUUCAUUUUUGGGGGGUAAAUACAGGAAAGUAUAUUGAUAAAAGUUACCUUGUCCUUGAGAGAUUUACACGUUAUCAAAAUGUCACGCCAGGGUAAGCCUACACGAAACACAGCUCUUAUUUUAAGUGUUUCUAAAAUCCCCUAUGAGAAAAAUGAAUGGUGGAAAAAUUAAUAGAACCAUUUCCUUGUUUGACCGCUAGGUUUUAUGGGUGUUAUGACUCAUACUGUGGUACUCUAUGAGGGACACAUUUGUAUUUCUUCUUGUAACAUUCAUAUGGCCAUGGCAGUGGAAAGCUCCUCCUAUUUAUGCGCAGCCAGCCUUGCAUCCCCUGUAGCACCUGGCAUCCAUCUGCCACUCCCAUCUUCUGGUACUGUGUUCACUGGUGAGCAGCAGCUCAACACUCAGUCCCUCACUCACUCCCCAUCAUUUUAAUGAGGUUAUCCUCUCCUCUGAUGGUUUGUGUCCCAGGCCCCUACUACAACCCCCGGCCCAGGCAGAGGAUCCCCAGGGACCUGGCCAUGUGUGUGACACCCAGCGGCCAGUUCUACUGCUCCAUGUGCAACUCUGGGGCCAGCGAGGAGGCCGACUUUCGCCUUCACCUGGAGAGCAAGCAGCACAAGAGCAAGGUGUCGGAGCAGCGCUACCGCAGCGAGAUGGAGAAUCUGGGCUACACUUAGGAGGGCAGCGCCACAGCACGGGGGAGGAGAGGGGAUGCAGGGUGGGG